AUGCGUCUGUUCUCUUCGUUUGCGCUCACCGCGCUUGCUACCGUUGCCAAUGGCGCUGCCGUGCCCCGCACUGAACCCGCGCCCGUCUACGACUACGAUGCCAUUGUCGUAGGUGGCGGUCCGGCCGGCCUCAGUGCUCUGAGCGGCCUGGCACGUGUCCGCGUCACACCGGCCUACUUCCGCUGGGCCGCUCGCCAACAACUCUCUCACUACCCCACGGUAACCAUGACCAACGGCACCGUGACCAAGAUCACCCCCGGCGACGACCAAAACACGCACUUCAUCGUCACCACCAACGGCCCUCGCAGCGCCGGCGAGGUCACCCUCACGGCGCGAAAGAUCGUGCUAGCCACGGGCCUGCGCGACAUCUUGCCCGAGACCCCCGGGGUGCGCGAGAACUGGGGCCAGGGCAUCUUUUGGUGCCCGUGGUGCGACGGGCACGAGCACGCCGACCAGUCCCUGGGCCUGCUGGGCAGCCUGGACAACGUGCCGGGGGCGGUGCGCGAGAUGGUGACGCUCAACUCCGACGUCGUCGCCCUCGUCAACGGCACCAACACCCCGGCCUUCCGCGCCGCCACCGACGCCAAGUUCGACAAGUGGGAGACCUACCUCGAGCUGCACAAGGUCCCCGUCGACAACCGUACCAUCACCGCCAUCACCCGUCUGCAGAGCGGGGAGAACCACGACGCCGACCCCAGCCUGCCCACCGUCCCGGAACAUGAUUUGUUCCGUGUCGAUUUUGAGGAGGGCGAGUCCCUGUUGCGGGCCGCCUUUCUCGCCGCCUUCCCGUCCGAGCAGAUGUCCAAGACCGCUGGCCUGAUCACCAACAUCCCUGGUGUGUACGCCAUUGGCGAUGCCAACUCGGAUAACACAACCAACGUGCCGCACGCCAUGUUCAGCGGGAAGCGCACUGCGGUGUACUUGCAUGUCAAGCUUGCCCGUGAAGACGGCGAGAGGGAGCUGAACGGCACCGUCGCGAAGAGGAGCCUCGACCAUGCGGCGCGGUCCCUGUGGGACACCGUCAACGGUGCGCCUGGCGAUAUCCUCUACGCUGGCGAGUUUGACCAGUAG